GAAAAGAGAGAGAGAGAGAAGUGGUGGCGGUUUCUAUUCCCAUGGCCACCCUUCGCUCCUUCAUCUCCUCCUUCUCUUCUUCUUCUUCUUCUUCUUCUUCUUCUUCUUCUUCUCUUCCGCUGCUUCGCUCUCCUUCUCCUCCUCCUCCUCCUCCUCCUCCUCCGCCUAUCUUCCGCCGCGUCGCUAACCCCAGAAGAUUCUCGCGCCUCGUUCUCGCUUCUUCUUCGUCGUCUCCGCCUUCUCCUUUCGACGAUCUCGGAAGGCCAACGCGUCCGGUUCAGUCCUCCAAGAAAUCGGUGGUGUCGAAUUUGAUACAAGAGAUAGAGCCCUUGAACGUGAGCCUUAUUCAGAAAGAUGUUCCGCCUACGACUGUGGAUGCUAUGAAGAGGACUAUCUCGGGCAUGCUGGGCUUACUUCCGUCUGAUCAAUUCCAAGUUGUUAUUGAGGCUCUAUGGGAACCACUCUCCAAGUUGUUGGUUUCUUCAAUGAUGACCGGGUAUACUCUAAGGAAUGCUGAAUAUAGACUUUGCCUAGAACGAAAUUUUGAUGUAUCUGAAGAAAAUCUUGAAAAGCAAACAUCAGAAGAUUCUAAAAUUUUGCUUGAAAGUGCAAACCUAAUCAAAUUUCAUGCAAAAGACGAGUUGUCACCUAAGGCUGGAGAAGUCAUGGAAGAUCCAUUGGAGAAUCUUGAUAUUCAAGGCCUUGGCGAAGUGUCACAGGAGGUUCAACAAUAUAUUCUCCAUUUGCAGGCUCAUUUGUCUUCUGCCAAAAAGGAACUCCAUGAUGUCAAAAGGAAAAGUGCUGCCCUUCAAAUGCAACAGUUUGUUGGGGAAGAAAAGAAUGAUUUACUGGACUAUUUAAGAUCACUACAUCCCGAAAAGGUAGCUGAGCUAUCAGAACCAACAUCCCCUGAACUUAAAGAAAUAAUCCACUCUGUUGUCCAUGGUCUACUUGCAACCCUCUCUCCAAAGAUGCAUUCUAAGGCACCUCCUUCAUCUGAGAAUACCUCAGCUGGAGCAAUAAAUGUUGGCAGUGAAGAUUGUGCUGAACUACUUGAGAACACGUCACUACAGUUUCAGCCCCUUAUUCUAUUAACACGGGACUACCUAGCACGCCUCCUCUUCUGGUGCAUGCUGUUAGGACACUACCUUAAGGGCCUUGAGUAUCGAAUGGAGCUAACCGAACUUCUUGCCCUGACUAGUGAUCCUGAAGGUGAUACCCCUGAUGGGCAACAAAUUGCCUAAAUGUAUGUCUCCCCCCUUCCUUGCAAUUGUACAUAUAGAAGUGUUGAUAGCAUACAAAAUUUGUUCUUUAUUAUGAAAGACACCGUAGAAGUGGGCUGUUUAUCCUCAAAACAUGUACAUUUUCCUUUAUUGUAAUUUAUAGUGUACUGCCUUUAUCGUUCAUAAUGUCUGUUUAAGUUAUUACAACCAGAGUGCUGCCAAAGGGUACCUUCAUGCUUUGUGAUUCAA